AUGUCUUUAUCUGAUUUUGACUCGGACUUGACGGAACUAUCUUCCGAAGAAGAAGAAUAUAUUCCUGCCCCGACGAGAAGAAAAAAGAAUGCAACCAACAAGGAAUACAAGAUCCAGAACGCGCUGAGACCUCCCAGGACGACGCAAUAUACUGCUAAAAGUCUAUACGAUCAAAUUGUGGACAAUGCGAUUAUACUCGAUCCCGAGUAUCAACGAGCCGUAACCGCUCAAGAUGACGGCACUGAGACGCGCACAUGUAUUGACGGCAAGCAGCGCCUGACAUCGAUUCAAAGGUUUAUGGAUGGGCUAAUUUGUCAUAAGGACUCUCAAACGAACAAACGCUAUUGGUAUCGAGACGGUCCGGGGUCGAAGCGGAUGAUCCUUCCCAAACAAUAUAUGCAGGCAUUUGCUAACAAGCAGAUUACUUGUGUCGAGUACGACUGCUUAACCGGUGACCAAGAGAGGGAGAUCUUUCAGCGGGUUCAAUUAGGUGUUGCACUCACCCCUGCAGAACGAAUGCAGGCGCUUACGGGCGAGCGUGCAACUCUCAUACGCGAAGUGCAAUCAAAUAUCCUCGGAGAGGAAGGUUUCGGCGAUAACUUGGACUGGGGACGUGCCCGCGGUCGCGAUUUCCAGUGUUUAGCAUCUAUAGUUUACCUCAUGGACCAUCACCCUAACACCACAUUUCCUGGCGCGGCGCAAUUGGAGAAAUGGUUACAGCUUGCAAGUCGUCUGACAGCGACAUUUAGAAAUGAAGUGACGGAAACAUUCAAGAUUUUCGUUGCGCUGGUCAAGGACAAGCGUUUCAACGCGGCUUUCCAGAAACCAACUCGAGUUUCCCCCAUUGAGUUCACCAUGACAGGGAUUCUCAUCUAUCUCAAUCGUACGAAACUGUCUAUGACGCAGCUUUCCUCUGCGAUCUGGAAGAUGAGGGCGGAUGUACGGGCGAAAUAUGUCGACAUUCGUGCCAACACCAAAGUCACCAAAACUAUGUUCGCUUUCAUCUCGAAGGGGCUCAAAUUGGCCGAUUUAAAAAGUGACGGCAAAGGCGAUGUUCUGGCCUCGGUUGCUAUCAAUGCUCCUCCGGAGGUGCAGAAGAAGAAUCAGAAGAGGAAGAGGAUCGAGAGUGACCCUGAAGACAAUGAAGAUGAAGUACAGAGAAAACCUCUCCCUCCCAAGGCAUCCACCUCCAAGUCAGCUCCCACUAAAGCGCCUGUAACAACGAAGAACCGUCAAGUUACACAAACGAAGGUUACCAAGACUCCCAAGUCUACUACCUCCAAAACUGUUACCAAUGGCAAAAGUGCGACUCAGGCGUCCGCGACCCCCAUAUCUACGAAGCCAAUCAAACGCAUAUCUUCGUCCUCAGAGGUGACAACUCCAACGCAACCCUCUGGUCCGGCUCUGUCGACUACUGUCCCGGCGGUAACUUCCUCGACUCCAUCGGGAUCAGGUACAAUCAAUGAAAGGCAAGACUCUUCAUCCUCGAAUCCACAAACGCCGCUCCCAUUAGCCUUGCCUCGAAGAUCCCCCCUAAGUUUGUCACAAACCAGUGGUGAUGUAACCAAGAAAGAUCUAAGACCUGUCAAGUCCGAACCAGAGCCGACAACAUUGUUGAGUGGCGGCACCCCUGGGUUAGGACAAUUUUCCACUUCCCAUGCAAUUGACCGCCUCGCUGCUGUUCGUUUAGCUAAGGCAAACGCAGCCAGUGGAGGGUCGAUGUCUUGGCUCAUAGACAAUAGACCAGCUGUUAUUUCCUCUACCCAGCUGCCACCAGAUAUACUCACCGAUACUGCCACGAUGAUCAAACGAGAACCGACUCAAUUGAAUCCCUUGGAAACAUGCUCAAUCCCGGCUCAGCCAGCAGCAAUGCAGAUAGUGUCACCGUUUAUGACUGCUUUGCAGCAGAUAGACCGCGACUCAAUAGAGAAAUUACUAGCUCUUCAUGGUAUUGGACAGUUCGCUCAGCCUGCGCAGCCUCUCAUUCAGAAUUUCGAACAAUCUCCUGAGCAACCUGCUGCCCAAUCCAGUCUGACAAGGGCGCAGGUACCGGUAUCGGCUGCUUCCCUUCCGACUGUGCAAGAAUCACCAUCAUCAACUCAACCCCUUGCAAAUGCUCGGCCUUUGACGCUGACUUUGGAUGAGCCGACUUCUGGUACUUCUUCGCAACUGCCUGCAGUCAGCGCUCCUGUAUCUACUGCACUCUCCCCCGGUCCUUCAAUGCAUAGUCCAUCUAGUUCCUCUGGUACAUCUUCUGCAGUGCAGUCUCAGAUACCCCAGGCCGGCGUCAUUGUGCCAGCAAAACGAUGGAGUGAAGGUCAGGCCAUGAACGGUCAGGCACCUCAUCUUCCCUCCAGCAAUCAUCAACCCCAUGCUCCCGCUCUGUCACCGCCACCGCCAGUGACAAAGGACCCCCCAGUCGCACCUCGAAGUUUUCGUGGAGCUUAUACUCAGCCGUCUCAGCCUUUACUGCCACCCCCGCCCCUGCCUUCUGCGCCUCCACCUCCGCCCAAUGGGAGCAUCCUGGCUCAGCCCAUGUCACUAGGCUCUCCUGCGGAGCGGACGCGCGACCCUAGGCUCAACAGCAAGCCGUAUAGCCCGCGGAGCUCUGGUAGCGCGAGCGGAUGUAAGAGCGAGGACAUGCAGGUGGACGCGAUGGAUGGCGACGGUGAUUGGGAUAGAGAUAGGGACGGGGGCAGAUAUCGCGAUGAUCGUGGCCAUGAUUUGGACUGGGACCGGGUCAGGGACCGGAAUCGGUGGCGCGAUAGAGAGCGAGACAUCUAUGCUGGCUGGGAAAGAGGCGGGCCCCCUCGCGGUGACUAUGGGAGGCGAUAUUCCAGUGAUUGGUGGGACAGGGAUCGCUAUAGAAGCCGAGAUUAUCCCCGAGGGAGGUGGUAG